UGCCGAUAUCAGUGAAACGCUGAACGACUGAUGAUGUGUACUGGUUUAUCAGUGUUUACUUCAGAACGGGACCGGCAGGCACGCUAAAAGUAGAGUAAUGAAAUCAACGCCCAAGAUGUAUUUUGCAGCGAGAAUGUUACAACCGAAUAAAUAAAACUCCGUUGUAGACAACUGUAGUGCCAUGGCUAAAACAGACAUCGUGAUACCUCAGGGCGUUGCCUUAGACAAGCGGCGUUAUGGCGUCUUCUCCUGGGGCCUGCUGAUGUCGGCCCUGCUGCUUCUGCUGGUAGUGGUGGUGCUGGCUGUGGUGCUGUUUGUUGCCGUCGAUAACUCUACACUGGUGCUCAUCAUUCUUGUAGUUUGUCUUGUCGCUGUCGGCGUAUCAGCAUGUUUAUUCUUGGAGUGGCUGCACCGGCGAGCACUCAGGCGUAGAGACGAGGGCGCCAGAGCAUGGAUACAUCGGACCAUCAGUGGGAAACAGCUGGCUAUUGAAACAGAGCCCGCGCCACUGCCAGAGCCCAGUGUGCCCUCACUUACCCCCCGUUCGUCCUGGAUCCACUGGGCACCAUGGAAAACCGCCCGUAGCACUGGGGUGCCAUCUUCACGGAGCACUGAUACUCCGUCUUCACGGAGCACUGGUCCGCCAUCUUCACGGAGCACAGAUUCACCAUUUUAUACCAUCGUUUCACGUAAUGGAAGAUAAUGGUACAACAGUCGAAUAUAUUAGAGUAGUGAAGUUCUCUCAGCUAUUACAAAUGAAAACGUAUUUCAUACGUUUGUGUAGGAACUAUACGCGCGUUUACAAUCUGCACGGAAUGAAAGGAUACAAACUCAUAUUAAAAUCUGAUGUAAAAGUUCCGUCGCAGAAACAGUAAUUCUCAGUUUGCAGUGAACACACAUGCUCCAAAACAGUCAACACAUCAAAGAACUGUUUUUUUUCCACAAUACCAAUUAAUUCAUGGGCUUCGCCUAUACUGAAUAAGAACUCUGAUUCGAAAUUAUUUACACUUAAUUCACAUGACAUUAAGGAUUUCGCAAGUCCUUUACUAUAAUAACUAGCCUUUAACUCGUUUUACUCGUUUUGUCCAUGUUUAUAUUGACUUCCUGGAUGUCGUGAAGAUUUUGGUACUGUGUAGACACAAUAACCCCUAUCAAGGGUCACGAAAUAUGCUUAAAACUUGACAAUAAGCUAACUGCAUUGUACGCAUGCGUUGGAAAAAUUUAUACUGUCAUGUAAAAUACAUUAAUCUGAACAAGCACAUACUGUGCGUAUUAGAAAGAGUCCCAUUUCUAGUUUCAAAACCGUUCAGACUUCUUUUAUAAACUACUUCAACGCAGGGAACCCUCGAAAUGACCCGAAUCUCCGCCUGUCUCGAGUGGAAUGUCACGAUUAUUCCGAAAGGAAACAUUCGAUCAACUCAUCCCACUUCUUCAUACAGAGCUCGCCUCUCACAAACACAAAAACUCAUUGGGUGGACUCCUUGGACACAACCACAAAUUGCAAAGUCCUCGCAGCGUUAGUUAACUAAGUGACCAGCCGAAAACUUGUAAAGAACAUGGGGAGUUUUUAAGAUGGCUGUCUUCUGGGUUGUUAUGUCUACACGGUGCAACAACUCACAUUAGCCGUGAGAACCUGAAAUCUCACUUAACUGAGAACUUUCAUAAAUCUCAAAAUAAAUGCAAUAAAAGUACACAGAACGUAAGCCUAAUUCUUCUUUCCUGUGGAGAGAUACGUUCGUCGGGUAAACUAAGAAUAUUUUCAUCCCGGGGAAGGUUGAAUGAAACUAUUUAAUAAUUUUUAAAAUUGUUUUUAACUCAUUAAUCAACGUUUCGGAAGUUGUUUCUACGUCCAUCUUCAGUGCAAUCUAAAAUGUAUUAUUAACGCUUCCCUCUUAUACUUUCUAAGUAUAUGGAACUAAAAAUUUAAAUGUAAUACAGUACAUUUUAUUUAAAAUUCGAGGUAACCUCUUUAUGUACAUGAAAGUAACCACUGGCCUAACACGAAAAUUAAUGUGGAGACAACAGCGUGUCGCAUGUAGACCGAAGGCCCUUGGUUGUGCAUCCCUGCUUGAAAGCAAGGGAUCAAGUAUUACACCCAUAGAAACCACCUCUAAAUAAAGGUUUAAUACGCUCUAAUCUUCAGUUUUUUUGGGAAAACAGAUGUGUAAACACUGUACAAACAAAGCCAAGAACUUAUUUGCUGUCAUGAAGCGGGCUUUAUACUUGCAGCCACGUCUGCAACUCAGUGUCGAGGGCUAGUCAGUUAUUCCAGUGAUUAGAAUGCAGAAACCAGGUAGUAAUUAAAUUAACAGCAAUUAGAAUUUCCAACAUAGGAGCUACGUGCUGAAAAUAACGUGAACCGCAUCGACACUUCUGAGAACAACGCGCGCUUGGACAUGCGGUUCCAGAAUCGGCAGAAAGAUCCAUCUGCGUGUUUUAAGGAUUUCGACAAAAUUCCUAUCUUGGUAUUAAUAUGAGGUAAAGACGAAAAUAAUUGCUAUAUAAUUUCCAAAUUAUAAAACCAUUAUUCUUUAUAAGAAUUGCCAUUCCAUGAUGGCUUUGGUUCGAGUUUAUUUAUAAAACAUUAGUUGAAAUGUAAUUUAUCCACUUCUUUACGUUUCCAAUAAACGACUCGUAUGUUGCUAAAAUUA